GCCAUGUUCGCAAUGUACAUGAUAGCAAGCCCCCUCCCUCGUCAGUCUUGCUUAGUUUAAUCUUGUUCAUAUUAUUUUCAUCUUCAUGAAAUUUUAUAUCUUCAUUUCACAUCUAGAAUGAUUUUCUGGCUUUAUCUAUUCAAGAAAAUGCAUUCUAUUCUUUUCAUUUGAUUGUCAUUGUGCAUAUUGUUCAAAUCUUUGGUUUAAAUAUUUUUUAGCAAGUUAUGGAUUUGUAGCUAUAAGGAGGAGUAGUCAGCGGUGGAAAUUGUCGCUAUAAAUUUGUGGCUUGUUUUAAGCUCUGUAUCACUCAGUAUUUGGGAAAUACACCAUCAAAUUGGCUGAUGUUUUUGACAAAGAUGGAGUUCCACGAUUAAUCUGUGGAUAAAGUUGUCUUCUUGUGCACCUUUCCCGCAAAAGAAUUUGGCUACCCUCCAAUAUUGGGAGUGGAGGCAGCGAGGUUCCCAUGCUUGCAUGGAAAGAUCCUUUCCUGCAUCUCAGGUGCAAUGAAACGUUGCUUGAGAGGGAAAGGAAGCCCUCUUCCAUUUCCAUCACCUCAUUUCCUGUCUGCCAAACAGCACCUUAGAUGUAGCCAUCGUUCAAUGGAUCUUUGAAGAUAGGAGUAACCAUAUUAUGGGUGAGUUUACAAUUCACAUCAGCAAAGGCCUGGUUGAUCGGCUUGUUCAGGAUGCGGAUAUGUCGAAGAAAACUAAAAGAACUAAACGGAAGGCAUCAAGAGAGCCUCCAGUUGCCCAAUCAACUGCAACUCAAAGGCAAAUAGGGGAUGACUCUGUGAGGCCCAAGAGCGAGGCUGCUCCAGCAUGGCCACUGCGGCCUCCUGUGUUCCUGCCAGAAACUCCUUCAGUACAAUCUGCCAAUGCGGAGUUAGAGGCCAUAAGAUCUGUGCUUCGGGAAAGUGAGAAAGCAGUGGAGCGACUGCAGAAGGAAGAGGAGAAUAUGUUGCAGAAAGUAACCCAAAAGGCAAAGGAGUUCCGUGAUAAAGAGUAUAAGCUUCCAAAGCCAAAGCCCAGACCAUGCACUGAUGAGAGUGAGGCUUGCUUGGCAUGUUACAAGGACCAUGUCAAGGAUCCCUUGAAAUGUGCUAGUCUGGUUACAAAUUUUGCCGAUUGCGUGCGCAGGUUUAGACAACAAGUUGAACUAAGAAAUGUCUGAAAAGGAAAAUUGCACAGAUCAAUGAAAAUAAGCCCGCAAACUGACGGAAAUACUCACGGAUUUUUUGUUUCUUUAGUGCAUCAUCAGCAUUUUUGUUUUAUAUCACCCGGCGAAUGCCAAAAUUGUUCUUCUGAUGUGCUUGGAAUUCCAACACGUGCUUGACGACCAUUGUCCAGUUUAAUGGAUCUGCCAACGUCCCCUCUUUUAAGGUGACGCCUGUUGGAUGGUUGUUAAUUUAGACGAUGAUCGAAAAUUGACGACUUCUUCACAUGGAUUUACUCCAUCAAGCUGUGUUAUGUCUUUGAAGUCGUUAUUAAUUGAUGAGCAAUCUGGUUUCAAGUCCAUUAGGUAGUGCUGCAACGGCGGGGGUUUGAUUAAUUCGUUGUGAGAAUAAGUGAUGAUUUGAGAUUGAUUAAUGUUAGUUCAUGAUAAAAGCAAGCAGCUAUCGUAUUAUUGUGGAUUGGUUUGGGAGAAAGUAGGCAAGUUUUGAGUGGGGUUUAAUCCUGGGGGCUUUAGGUCCGUCAUGGGUUCUUGCAUUUUCAGAAAUCAGUAUCCUGUGAAGUAACCUAAAACGGAGCAUCAUUUUUGGCAGAUGGCUCGACGCGUCCUUUUCCAAGGUCGUCUUCCUUUUCUAAUUCGUCCUUUGCUUGUAUUUGUCCCAACGUUCUUGUCUUUAAAGAUACUUAUAAAUAUAAAUUUCUUCAGCAUACCA